GUGUGCAAUGUCUCUUUGUCCCCUGAUGUCCGCCGAGCAGUAGAGCCAGCUUGCGUGCUGAAGUCUGUCCCGAGCAAGUAGCCACGGCCGCCCCGCACCACCGAGACCAAGACCAGGACGACGCCCAGCCCAUUCCCCUCCCGCCCUCGCACUCGCGCCGUAGCAGCCCCGAAGCUCCACCCGCGCUGCACCCUCCGCCCUCAGCAGCCUCGCCGCCCGCUCGCCUGCGCCCCUCUCGCUGCACGCUGCCUGCCCCUCGCCACAUCGCCCGCGGGCUCCCUCCAAUGGCUCCCCUGAAGACUGAGGCCGAGUCGUCGCCCCUGGCCCGCGCCAUGCGCGAGUUCGAGGAGCUGGUGCUGGGCUUCGAGACGAGCCUGCUGUCGUCGCUGCCCGACGCCGUCGCCCAGUCCAAGGAGGACGUCCGUCGCGAGGCCUGCCGUCUGGCCAUCUCCGACCUCAGCACAAAGUACACGCGCAAGUACAUCCGCAACUCGCUCAAUGCCGCCGAGUCGGAGGGAAAGCGCGUCGAGGAGCACCUGCACAGCCUAUCCCUGAAUGGCCACGUAGACGACGAUGACGCCGACGACGACGACGACCUGGGUGGCAUACACAACGGCUACUUCCGCCUGUACUCGACCGAGCUGUUCGACCUCCUCGAGCAGCCCACCGACCUGCGCUUUGGCACCCUGCGCUUCCACAAGCACCGUCCCGACACUGCAGCCGUGCCACACCAGCCCCGGGCAACACCAGGCGUCAGCGUCGAGCUCGCCCUCAACGAGUCGUUCUUCGUCGCAGACUCCAUCGAAACGCUCCCCUACCACACCUUCAGAAUGCCCUCUGCACCCUCGUUACAAAACCGUGGCAUUCUCAGCAGGAAACCAGAAGACCACGGCGCUUUUCCCGACUUUGACUCGUGGUUAUUAUUCACAUUCCUCGGUAACGGCUGCAUAAAGCUCGAGGUGCCCAUCGAAAUGUGCGCAGACGUCUACGGCGGCCGCCUCCAGGGGCGCGAGAAUGACGAGGUGCUGUUUUGGGGCUUCUUUGUCGACGACCACGUCGACACGUAGUGCAUUGUUCGUUUGCUUGGGUUGGAGUUGACGGGUGGGCGGUAGACUGGGCUUUGGCUUUGGAGUUGGGCGCAUCUGGCCAGGCUGUUGCGUAGCCUGGCCGCUGACAAGGGUGCAUGGACACGCACCUACGAUUCACGAAUUUCCUUACUAUUCGGUUCCCACAUGCUUUUUCUUCCCUCUGCGGGAUGCAUCGUUAUUCAUUUCGCUUUGACUUUCCCUCCUUAUCCCAGCUCAUCCUUUGGAUAGUCUGGCCGGGCAUUUUGCAUAGCAUUCGCAUCUUCUCAAAAGGCGGAAAAUCAGAGGUAGAUGGUAGAUAGGUU